AUGAGAGCCACUGCAGCUGUCCUAUUGGUCCUCUGUCUCUUGUCCAUCUGUCACGCAUGGGACUGUAAGCCUGUAGUGGAUAUCAAGAAUCUGAUGCAGAUCGAUGCAGGACUGGGGCAAGUGGUUGCUACGGACACAAGUCAAAUCCCCUACUACCUGGUAGGUGAUAAAUGGAUCCGCCUGCCUGGUUCCCUGAAGCAUAUCACUGUAGGACCAGCAGGGAUCUGGGGUGUCAACAAGGCAGACUCAAUCUACAAGUAUGUGGCCGGUAACUGGGUGCAAGCUGCAGGCCUUCUGAAACAGUUGGAUGCUGGAGGUGAACAGUUUAUUGUGGGGGCUAACAUGAACGAUACUCCAUUCUGUCUGACACGUAGUGCCACAGUUGGCUACAAGGGUACAGGCUCACCCCUUCCAUGGACAGGAUUGCCAGGAAGUGUGAAGUACUACAGUUGUGGACCCUUUGGGUGCUGGGCAGUCAACAAGAAUGAUGAUAUCUUCUUAAUGAGUCUGAAUCUAGACUGCCAGAAGAAGGGGUGGAGUCACAUUGAUGGCAAGCUCUCCAUGAUUGAGGUGGCAACUGAUGGUAGUGUCUUUGGGGUCAACUCUGCAGGUGGUGUUUAUACCAGAGACGGCAUCACAGCCAGUAAACCAGAGGGCACCGGAUGGAGCAAUAUCCCAAUGUGUAUGCGCAUGGGCCACGUGACCUACGACCUGGGCCGUCUUUGGGUCGUCUCCAAGACUGGCUUCACCAUGGUGUGCACACAUUAGCCUCUCCUCUGCAUCUGAAGGCCAUUCGGGAUCUGUCUAAAGAUCACUUGCUAACUCAUUGAUCUCUCUUUCUGGAACAGUCU